AGGAUAACUCUUUCACUGGUUUAGAUCAUUUUGAACAGAUGCGUCUCUCAUCAUUCUUUUUAUGUCUAAAUAAUAAACAAUACAUAACCCUAACUGUAUUUAUUUAUUUUUAACAAUCAUAUUUGUCACAAAAUAAAACCAUGACCCCUUUCGAGCAAAUAUUUUCCCUAUUUUAAUCUUGCUAAGUUUUUUUUUGUUUUUUUCGGCAGAGAAAAGUCAUUUGUUUUUAGCAGAGCCGGAUUCCAUUUCCGGACAGGCUCUUCCCCAUCUUAUGCUCAGUCAGUGAGAGCAGGUUUUUAAUGGAAGUGUGAGCUCUGACAGAUGUUUUGGAUCAGGAGAUAACAAGCCAUCCUGCCAACACACCUGCGUUAAACACAGGAUGAUUGGCUUCCAGAAUGCACCUCACCUCCCGGUUGGCUGACCACAGCCUUCCAGUAUGUCUGUUUGAAGUCUUUAUCGUGAGUUAUUUAAAACCAUUGAACCAUAAACUGCAACAAAACAUCUUUAUUGUCGGUUAUUGAACAUCUGGCUGCAGCGGAAUCCGCUUCUUUCUGCUUCUGUCGCUUUUUUGCCGCAUUGGAUUUAAAGGCGAAGCAGAAAGAGGCUAUUAUCGGACACCGGAUUGAAAUCCCGAAUGCUCCCGGAUUUUUCUUUCCCUCCGUAGAAGAUUUCAUGCUGACAUGCAGAUCUUUAAAUCAGCCCGGGUCUGUCGGUAAUAUUCUGGAUUCGGGACUCUGAAAGGGACCCGACAGACUACGCCUUCCAGCAGAAAAAAGCAUCAACAUACAAGAGGAGCCUUGCAGAACCUCAUCACUGCUGCAUUAUGGGUAACCACAACAGCAAUGGUCCUCAUGAUCCUGCAGGUUCCCCUUCAGAUUUCUUCCACACUCCUCCGAACUCUCCCUCGGAGGCUUUCCUGGCUGCCAUGGCCUUGCCCUCUGCAGCCUCUACUGAUAAACCACAGACUGAGAAACCCUCUCCAAACGCCGAACGGACACAGAGAAUGAUGGCUUCCUCGGACUGGUCAAUCAUCAGCACCGGCAGCGUGUCCUCCACAGACACCAAAGUGAGCGACGCUGUGGCAGCAGAGGAGACCCCCGUGGUCAGUCUGGAGAGCUCCACAGCUCUGUGUGAAGGAUUCCCCUCGGAGCUGAGCUGGCAGGAGAGGGAUAGCGGCAUGGAGCCGCAGGGUGCAGCUGAACGAGCCAGAGAAGAUUUGACCUUGGCUUUGCUUGGGGUCAUGGAGCACUACAAAGCUAAUCUAAGAGUGGCCCCCAACAUGGAUAUUGCCGUACGAGCUGAAGAGCUGAUAAGACGCUUGAUUACAGAGAAGGAGGAGCUGGUGGAGGAGGUGGACACUCUCAGGGAGACCCUCAAGACAGAGAGGUCGGAGUGGCAUCAGUUCCAGUGUGACCUACAGAUUGCCGUGUCAGUGGCUGACCGCCUGCGGCUGGAGAUGGAGGAGGAGCUGAGUUUUCUGAAGAGGAGCCACAGAGCCGUGGAGCAGCAGCUGGCUCAGGCCCUCAGCAGACAGCAGGAGACGGAGCGAGAGCUGGAGAGCCUGAGAGCGGAGAACAAAGAAAUCUGCCGCAGACUGAGUGAAUUCAUGGCACAACAGCAGCAGGAGCGAGCCGAGUUGGAGGUUCUUAGAAACAUUUGUAGGAGAAAUGAAGAAAAACAAGAUCACCAGGAAGAUGAAAAAAAGAAAGUUACAGAAGACUUCGAAGAUAAAGUGGAAGAUGAGGAAGAAAAAAACCAGGAGGAUGGUGAUGAAGGCGGUUGUGAUGCUCAAAAGACAAAUGGAUCAGAAAAUCUGGAGCUGACUGGCAAAGGAGUGGCGGAAGGAUACAUUCGUAGUUUGGCUGCUCUAGAAAAGAAAAAGGAGGAGCAGAGAGUUCCAAGGAGAAUUGUAAUGUCUGAAAGAUCGUGGAGUCUCACUCGUCUUCCUCUGCAAAGCAACUCUCAGGAAAAUGGGGCCUCAAAGAACCUGAGCUCAACGUUGCCACUAUGCAAGAAAGAAGAACCAACCAAAGAGAGAAGAGGGGACCGUUUACUGCAGAGGCAGGAUAGCUGGUCCAGCUUCUCCACAGGACAGCGAGUGAACAAUCACAGCUCUGACUCUAUCAAGCCUCAGGAUAAUUUCAGUGCUUUGCUGAGACGCCACGGCGGCUCCAGAAGAAAUUCUCUGCUGCGUUGGAGCCAAAGUCAGACGCAAGGUUACAAGAAUAUUGAGAUUACAAAUUUCAGCAGCAGUUGGGAGGAUGGUUUGGCUUUCUGUGCCCUUUAUCACACCUAUUUACCUGCUGACAUCCCCUAUGACAGCCUCAACCCAGCUGAGAAGAAGGAAAACUUGGAACUUGCAUUUAGAACAGGAGCAAAUGCAGGAAUCUCAGCCACACUGACGGCAGAGGAGAUGCUGAAGGAAGGCGGGCCAGACUGGCAGAAAGUUCUGGGAUACGUGGAAAGAAUUUUCCGUCACUUUGAGAUGUGAAUCAGAGAUAAGUGGUAGAAAGUUUGACCCAUUCUGUGACUUCUGGCAUAUUUUAGUCACAUUAUUGGGAGUUUGGGGGUCUUGUUCUGCACAAAAUACAUUUGAACUGUUGGUGAAGCAGCACCUUUAACAAAAACAGUGUAGACAUUUGACGUGGAUUACUAUAAAAACUGGAGACACUUUAUUUAUAUGGACUAAUACUUUUCUAUGUAGCACUUUCCAAAACAGACUUCUCCUGAGUGCAUGCAGCCCAAAUGAAAAAAAAAAACAUGUACUUAGAGAUACUCUGUGUAAUCAGAGGAAAGUUUUCUCUGAAAAUGGCUUUAUUUUUUAAAAAUCUGAAUGUAUAGUGACAUGAAAACUAAUAAAGUAUGUAUAUAGAAA